AUGCCCCACCAGCGCAACGGCUUCGACCUGACACCAGAGCAACUCGCCGAGUGGUUCAUGAAGCUGCAGGACGUGGGCCGCGUCCACAACAUCAACCUCGUUACACCCGAACAUGUCGUACCCCAGGUCUGCCUAUCGAUUCUGCACGCGCGCGAUCUCGGUCUGCACAUACCCAUCAUCUACAACACGUCGUCGUUCGAUUCGCUCGAGAGCAUACACUUGAUGGAUGGCCUGGUGGACAUUUACCUCCCCGACUUCAAGGUGUGGCGUGACGCGACGAGCCGUCGGUUACUGAAGGCAGACGGAUACACAAAGGUGGCUAUGGAGAGCAUCAAGGCCAUGCACGAGCAAGUGGGUGACCUCUGCUUUACUCCUGACGGCAUCGCCAAGAAGGGAGUGCUGGUGCGACACCUGGUGAUGCCCGGCAUGGAGGACGAAGGACGAGAGAUCGUGAAGUGGCUUGCCGAGAACGUGAGCAAAGACAUCAUGGUGCACAUUAUGGAGCAGUAUUUUCCAAGAGCUCAUGUAGGCAAGGAGCGGCGCGGCCGUGCAAGCCAGGGCGUUGUUGAGCCAGGCGGUGUUGAAGCCUCACCCUCGACUAAGAAAGACGUGCGAUAUAGUGAGAUUAAUCGGGCUGUAGACCUGGAUGAAGUCGCAUCAGUCAAGAAAGCAGCCCAAGAAGCUGGCUUGUGGAGGUUCGUCGAAGCAUCGAGGCAUGGCGGCUUUAACAUCUGA